UCUAGCCGAGGAGGCAGCGUGUAAGAGAAGCAUCGCUCCAAGGAUGUCUCUCUGCACCUACAUAGGGAAAGGAAAGACCGGGACAAUUGAUGUAAUAAAAGUCUUCGGCUUCAGUUUCAGGCAAUGAAGGACCUGCAAAUGAUUCUUACCAUGCCCUGAUGAUGAAAAGAAGAAGACUGUGGAAUUCCUUUGUUCCUCUUUCCUGGAGAAUGGAUGGCGAGUCCUUCACCUCUGCUUUCUUCUCUUCUGGGAACAUUCCCGCAGAAACCGGCAUCACCCUGGAACAGAAAACAACCUUUGUCUUUGUCGUUUUGUUAUUCAUUUUCCUCGGAAUCCUCAUUGUCCGGUGUUUCCGGAUUCUCCUAGACCCCUAUAGGAGUAUGCCAACCUCUACCUGGGCAGAUGGAAUCAACGGACUAGAGAAAGGACAAUUUGAUUAUGCCCUGGCUUAAAAACCAAGGAUGCAAAAACUUUAUCGAUAAGUCUCUGUCAUGUGGAACCCGUUUCUCGCACGGGUGAAAAUAUGAAGGUGUUGUUGUUUUUAAACAGUUGUAAGGCAGGUGUGGGGAAUCUUUGGCCCUCCAGAUGUUGGUGAACAACUUGGUCAGUGGUUAUGCUUGCUGGAGCUGUAGUUCAUCAACAUCUGGAGAGUCAAAAUUUCCCCACAGCUGCUGAUGGGAAACCAGCAAUUUCCUCCAAGAAGAAAAGAUGGAAAUUUUUCGUAUGCAAAAUUCAGCUUUGGGUAUACAACGCACACAAUAUCUUUUAGCUCAGACAGCACUUUGAUUUGUAGCUGCCUUAUUUCUAAAAGGAGAUGGCUCUUCCCUCUCUCCCCCCUCACCUACCUCCAAACCUUUAAUGAGCAUAUCCAUAUUUAAAAGCAAGCAUGUGAUUUUUGUAGCUUGUGUGUGGACAUUAGGUAAUGUUUUUCGAGCACAGGCAAAAAAAUGUAUUUCCACUCCCCUUGUCCCUCUUACCAGAAAGGUAAAAGUUUCUCAGCAACCUUAAUUAAAGAUUGAUAGCUUCAA